CAGAAAACUUCAGCUUUCAUACCUCAGCUUUUCACACACUCAGAGAGAGAGGCGUGCUCUGUCACGCCACGCACACACCCAUCUAUCCCCAGAAGCACCGGGAAUCAAGAGCGGAGCGAGGAGAUGCUACCGACUGGCAGACGCUGACAAAGGCAACAAGUGUUGACGGCCAAAACCGAUCCAGAUACUGCUGACUGCCACGUCCAGAGAAACACAACUGACAAAGGAGACCACUUCUUCUUCCUCCUCCUCCUCCUCCUCCUCCUCCUCCUUCCCCGAUCCGAGGGAACUCGAACUCAGGAAGAAGCGACUGCGGGACGGACAGAGAGACGAGAUGCUGGCUCAGAUCCUCAAGGAGAUGUGGGUGGACCCCGAGGUGCUGGAGGCCCUCAGCGAGGAGCAGAAGAGGGUUCUGUUUCUGAAGAUGAGAGAGGAGCAGGUACGACGCUGGAGAGUGCGCGAGGAGAAGGAAGAGAGAGAAGGGAGGACCAACAGGAACACGAAGGCCAAGAAAGCUUCCAGUAAACAAGUGAGCUGGCUCCUCAGUCGGGACGGCGAUGUGAGCGUGACUAUAAUCGGAGAGGUGGAUGAAUUUAGGUCCUCCAAGGUUCUGCAGAACCACAUGAACAGACUCCUCAGUGAUAACAGGAACUGCAUCCAGACGGCGGACCUGCUGCCAGGAAGUGAUGCCCAGCAGCUCAGCAUCAAAGACGAUGCCAAGCUCCCUCUCACAGAUGUUAAUGAGGAUCCAGGUACACCAAUCAACCAGUCGUCUGAGGAGGAGGUGGCGGACUGCAGCACUGAUGAGGACCCGAAGGACCCCGACGACGACGACGACAGCUCGGAGAACGAUAUUGACCUGAACCUCGUCUACAGGCCGCAUUUUUGUAGAAGCCUGUUGCUACAAAGCCACCAGUCAGAAGCAGAAAGAGUCACUCCACAGGAUGGAGAAACUCGGCAGCGCAGAGAGACGUCAGAAAACGAAGGUCGUGUGGCUCAUCUCAAGAAGGCGUUUGCGGACGAUGCCUGCAGCAAACCACCCGCCUGCAAAAAACCACCCAUUCCUGUCAAACCGGCUCAUCUACAGAAAAGCGGCACAGCGCUGGUCCAUUAAGAAGCCGCCGUGUCUCCAGCCUCCCGUACGUCAACACACCCGACCCCUGAGGAGUGGGAGCUGACGCAAACGCUGCAGCUCAUUCGUACUCCUGCUUGAGGACCCAAGUGGGGGAUAAAUACACUGCAAAAGAAAAAGUAAAAAAAAAAGGACCAGUGUCCUUUUUUGAACUUUUCCAAGAACCUAAUUUAAAAUUUCCACCUGCAGAUGGAGAAGCGUCUGUGGAGGAGAGCGAGACUGUGUACUUAAAGUGGGGGAAACUGAAAUUCAGACUCUUAUAUUUUUGCAGAGCCUGUGAUCUCGAGGCAGACACUGAGGGGGCACAUGUCCACAGGACGUAGACACAAACACGCUGCUGAAUGGAAAAACACAGUGGUUUUAUACGGGGAUGACCUUUGCUGAAGUUGGAAACCAAAAAGCGUCAAUCAGUCACAUAUAUUCAUUCAUGUUCAUAUUCAUAUAAGCUCUGGGCGUUCUGUCUUGUCAGCGGAUCCUGGGAAUGAAAUAAAACAAAUGGACUCACAGUGAAACGGACUUCUUGUACCUUUAUCCUUAAAGGGAUUUUAGACAAUUUAAUUACACAUCUCAACAUUCACAAGGGAACGCUCCCUUGCACUCGUUCGCUGACAAGCACCGACCUGCUCAUCAGGAGCCCUUGAGGCUCCAGAUAUAUUGCUCAAGAACUUGUCCAAGUGUUGGAACAAAACCACUGAGCAGUUUCUGGACAGCAACGCCUCUUUGUUGAUUCAUAUUUCAUACUCUAUUGCAAAUGACUUAAUUGUUCACGUUUGAGCUGCCACUCAGCCACAAGGGAAGUUGUUUAAUACAAGGUUAGCAAGAAACUGUCUUAAAUCUCAAUAUCUUCUAACUCUCCCAACACGAGUUUGGCUACUCUGUCAAUUUCUGAAUUUAGCCCAGAAAAUAUGUCAAUAUGUUGGCUCGAUUGAUCAACUCUAAACAUCUUUUCAACCAUAUUAAAAAAUAGAUCUCUUUAUGUGUAACAAGUUUCAACUUUAACUUUUCAACCACAUUUUACUUUUAGAGAAAAGGACUUUUUUAAAAAAAUAAAAUAAAGAAAACUCUCAAUAGGACAUCUAUUUCUCUUAAUUUUGCUCUAUGGGGAAAAUUUCAGCAGCACUUUAGAUAUUGACAUUCCCAAAUAAAUAUUUAUAGCCUUAAAUUUGCACUUUCUGGUGUCGUUUAGUGAGCCAAUCAACACAUUAGCUAUGACGCUAUGACGGUAAAUGCGACUUUCUGGACGUGUUAGCAUGCUAACGCUAGUAUUAAGUGUUAGCUAAAUGAUACAGAAGGCCUGGGAAGCACAAACGCAAGUUAGAGCAGUUAAAACUGUACAAAAUUUCCAUAAUAAAGUGGACUUUAUCGAUUGGAAUACGUGCCUGAGGAGGCCUACAUAUUAUUUUUACAUAUUCAGUCAUUCUCCUGUAUAUGUUAGCAUGCUAACGCUAGCAUUAAACAACGGCCAAGUGAUACUGCGGGGCCUGGGAGGCACAAAGGGAUAUAUUAGCAUAGUUAAAACAGGACAAACCUCCACAAUGAAGUUGACUUUAUAGACUGGAAUACAUGCCUGAAGAUGCCUAUAUUUAAAAUAAGAAGAAACUUACAUAUUUUGCACUAGGAUGGCAUGAAGCUUGGGCUGCCUGAUGAGAUCUCUUCCUCAUCUUCUUGUCUCAGCUGUGGCUACCACAAGCACAGUUUGCAUCGUCAUCAUCCUUAACAAAGAAACAGUUGUGCUGGGGUAAUUAAAGGAGCUCAGAAAGAGACGCAAAUCUGUUUGUAUAAAAACUUGUUGAAUCUUUAAGCUCAUGAUACCUGCUUGUGGUCAUCCACUGAGGAGGAUUUUGUUUUACAAGAAAUUCUAGUCUCUGUGUAUUUAGGCGCAACGUUUAGUUUAAAUCCUGAACACUCACCUGUCAUACACCUGUGAGUCAGACACCCGUGAUCACGUGCUGCAGCCAGCCCAAGACAUGACACCUCCGAGCCAGCAGGGUGCCCCAGAGAGCUCACGACUUCACGUACAAACUAUAAUUAGAUGAAACUUCAAAAUUUGUAGUCAGAUUUUUUUUAAAAAAACAACAACAAACAAAUUGAGAGUGGUAGAACAGGUGUAGCCAUAUGGUGAAGCUAUAGUUCUGUUUAUUUUACAUUUUAUAAAAAUGAAAAAUUUUAUUUCUAUCAUCCAAGCAAAAAAAAAUCUUGCCAUCAUUUUUGUCAUAACAUGUUUAGCAAAUUCUGUACAGACUCCAACAGAACCCUGAGUGUGGACAGCGCCACACUCCAUCAGAUAUUAGAAGCUGUGAAAAGCGUGAAGCCACACAGAACAGAAGCAACAGUCUUUGUAUUUUAUGGUUUGUUUGAGAUGUAGUUACUACCUAACUUGUGGGUCAUGUGUUCACUUUACUUGGUCACCAGUUGAAUCCCUGCUCAUGCUGGCUCUGCUGACGUUUUGUUUUUUUGUUUGUUUUUUUGUAUUAUACCCAAAUAUAAGUAUUUGCACUAUUUAUCUGUUGUCUAUGUCAGGAAAAAGGAACAAAUUGUAACACGUUAA